AUGUUCGUGCCAAAUAAUUACUUUUUCAAUUCAAAUGAUGCAAAUGAGAUUAUGGGGUACUCCAGUCUGAGUAGUCGAGGCAGUGAUGGGUACAUGCAUAGCAGAGGCCUACUGACGGACAAAUUGGUGAUUGCGUUUCCAACCUAUGGAGAUAGUUCCCUUGAAACUCUGGGCACUGGAUUACUUGCCGGGUCUCCGAGACGAUCUGCAGGCAUGGCCGGUGUACAUGCGGUUUACGCAGCCUUACUUGUGUUCUUCCUUGUACCCACAAAGCUGAGGAUACCCCAGCGUUACGCGCGAGAGAAGGAUCAAGGGGACGCCGUAUAUGUACGAUUAUGCACGAUACAGGUAGUUGGACUCUUGAGCGCCGAAAUCGAGAGAUUCUUCCCGACCAUGAAUUGUCUUGUUUUAUUUUUGUUGACGUAUGCAUUGAUUAAUCGUCAUGAUCUACGGUUUAAUGCCAAUGACUGGUUUUCAUUCUCACCGGUCCAGGGUAGUUGCCGUUCUCAAGGGAAAGCGCAGUUAUCGUGUUUCCCGAGAUUUCGAUCUGGAUGUUCGUUAUUCCCGGGGGGGCGUCAAGUCGUUACGAUCAUAUCCUGGGUGAGCGUUAAGAAACGAGAAUCAAACCCCAGGUUCGAGAAAAAAGAUUCCGAAAAGCGGCUGUUAGACUUUCAUGGCGGAGUGAAGACCGGCAGGGGGCUGUGCAGCAGCUAG